AUGGUGCGCACGCCUAAAACCAAAGGCGCCUCCACCUCCACCUCCAAUGCCGCUGCCUUCUUCAAACCGGGCACAGUCGUGGAAGUCAACUCUGACGACGAAGGCUUCCGCGGCUCCUGGUUUUCUGGCACCAUCAUCCGCCGUCUCGCUUCUGACAGGUUCCUGGUCGAGUAUGACAACCUGAUGGCGGAUGAAAACAGCUCGAAGCCUUUGAGGGAGAUCCUAGGUAUCCGCCACCUUCGACCUAUUCUCCCGUCGGAGACCGGCCAAGUAUUCAAAUUCGGCGACGAGGUUGAUGCGUUCUACAACGAUGGGUGGUGGGAGGGCCACAUAACGAAGGAAUUAGAGGAUGACAAAUUCGCGGUGUAUUUCAGGGCAUCCAAAGAGCAAUUAGUGUUUCCCAAGGAAAAACUUAGAAUCCAUCGAGAAUGGUUCGAUUACAAAUGGGUCCCACCAUUCCAGCCACAACAACAGGAUAAUUGUGAAUCGAAGAAAGUGUUAUUGACACCCAAUGUAAAGUCUGAUGAAGCUGAGAAAGUGGAGGAGUUAGGCGUAGGAGCGUUAGUUGAAGUUAGCAGUGAUGAAGACGGCUUUAGUGGAGCUUGGUUUGCUGCCACUGUUGUUGAGGCAAAGGGACAGGACAAGUUCGUUGUUGAGUACCAGACUCUGUUGGCUGAGGAUGAUUCUAACCUUUUGAGAGAGGAGAUUGAUGCCUUGCACAUAAGGCCUCAUCCGCCCGAUACUGGUGCUCAUGGUGAAUUCAGUCUCCUUGAUGAAGUUGAUGCCCUGUACAACGACGGUUGGUGGGUCGGUGUUAUUUCUAAAGUUCUUGCUGAUUCCAAGUAUAUAGUUUACUUCAGGUCUUCUAAUGAGGAACUAGAGUUUCAGCAAUCCCAUUUAAGGCUGCAUCAAGACUGGAUUCAUGGAAAAUGGGUCAUGCCUUCUAAGGGCAAGAAAGAAAUGGAAAGCAGUACAACAUAG